CUCUUCUGUAUAUUUCUGUAGCAGAGAGACUAAAAUUCAAGCUAUUCUUUCUUCAUCGUCAGAUAUCAGAAUUUUCCAUCACACCUUAAUUACACGAACACAAAAAGACUGAAACUUGUAACAUGGGUCAUGGCGAAAAAGGUCGACCCAACAAAAAGAUUAAAUUUUCUAGCAAGGAUGAUCGUCGGAGCUCAGGCGCCGAAGAUGCCUUUUAUCCUGACGAAAUCGAGGAUGAUUAUCGUGAUGGUGAAAACGAAGGAAAAAAGACGGAUUUUAGUAAAUUAGAGUUGAAGCCCGAUCACGCAAAUCGCCCCCUUUGGGCUUGUGCUGAUGGGCGCAUAUUCCUGGAGACAUUCUCUCCGCUGUACAAACAGGCAUAUGAUUUUCUCAUUGCCAUAGCCGAGCCCGUUUGCAGGCCAGAGUCGAUGCACGAGUAUAACCUUACACCGCACUCAUUGUAUGCUGCUGUGUCUGUGGGACUGGAAACGGAGACUAUUAUAUCUGUAUUGAAUAAGUUGUCGAAGACUAAGCUUCCUAAAGAGAUGAUUGAUUUCAUUCAUGCUUCUACUGCCAAUUAUGGCAAAGUGAAACUUGUGCUUAAGAAGAAUCGGUACUUUAUUGAGUCUCCAUUUCCUGAUGUAUUGAAGAAACUGCUCCGAGAUGAAGUUAUAUCUCAAGCAAGGAUCACUCCUGAGGGUGCCAAUGGAAAUGAUGGAUUUACUGUCAGCAAAACCAUGGGUGAAAUUGGAGCUAGUCAUGAUGGAUUGCUAAAUGAAGCAGAAUUGGCAGCUGCAGCUGAAGAAAAGGAAACUCACUCCUUUGAAAUUAAUCCUUCUCAGGUUGAAAAUGUAAAGCAGCGUUGCUUACCAAAUGCUUUAAAUUAUCCAAUGUUGGAAGAGUAUGAUUUCAGGAAUGAUACUGUCAACCCUGAUCUUGACAUGGAAUUGAAGCCUCAUGCACAACCACGUCCAUAUCAGGAGAAGAGCCUUAGCAAGAUGUUUGGAAAUGGUAGAGCAAGAUCAGGCAUUAUUGUGCUACCUUGUGGUGCUGGAAAAUCACUUGUUGGGGUAUCUGCAGCAUGCCGGAUAAAGAAGAGUUGCCUUUGUUUGGCAACAAAUGCUGUUUCAGUUGAUCAGUGGGCCUUUCAGUUUAAGCUCUGGUCAACCAUACGAGAUGAGCAAAUUUGCCGGUUUACAUCUGACAGCAAAGAAAGAUUCCGUGGUAAUGCUGGGGUGGUUGUGACAACAUAUAAUAUGGUUGCUUUUGGUGGUAAACGGUCUGAAGAAUCUGAGAAGAUUAUUGAAGAAAUAAGAAACAGAGAAUGGGGUCUGCUUCUUAUGGAUGAGGUGCAUGUCGUUCCGGCUCACAUGUUUCGAAAGGUUAUCAGUCUAACUAAAUCUCACUGCAAACUUGGGCUUACUGCAACACUUGUGAGAGAGGAUGAAAGAAUUACAGAUUUGAACUUCCUCAUUGGUCCAAAAUUGUAUGAAGCAAACUGGUUGGAUCUGGUUAAAGGAGGAUUUAUUGCAAAUGUACAGUGUGCUGAAGUAUGGUGCCCAAUGACAAAGGAGUUUUUUGCUGAAUAUCUUAAGAAGGAAAAUUCAAAGAAAAAGCAGGCACUUUAUGUGAUGAAUCCUAAUAAGUUCAGGGCUUGUGAAUUUCUCAUACGGUUUCACGAACAGCAGCGUGGUGAUAAGAUAAUUGUGUUUGCUGACAAUCUUUUUGCACUUACAGAGUAUGCAAUGAAGCUCCGCAAACCUAUGAUCUAUGGUGCUACCAGCCAUGUUGAGAGGACAAAAAUUCUCCAAGCAUUCAAAACUAGUCGUGAUGUAAACACUGUUUUCCUAUCGAAGGUGGGUGAUAACUCAAUUGAUAUUCCUGAGGCGAAUGUGAUCAUUCAGAUUUCAUCACACGCUGGUUCAAGACGUCAAGAAGCCCAACGUUUGGGCCGUAUUCUUAGGGCUAAGGGUAAACUUGAAGACAGGAUGGCAGGUGGUAAAGAGGAGUACAAUGCAUUUUUCUACUCCCUUGUUUCUACAGAUACUCAGGAGAUGUACUACUCAACUAAAAGGCAGCAGUUUCUGAUUGAUCAAGGCUAUAGUUUUAAGGUUAUAACAAGCCUGCCUCCACCUGAUGCCGGUGAUGAAUUGAGCUACUGUCAUCAUGAGGAGCAAAUGGCCCUUCUUGGCAAGGUUUUAAGUGCUGGUGAUGAUAUGGUUGGCUUGGAACAAUUAGACGAAGAUGCUGACGAUAUAGCCCUUCAUAAAGCCCGUCGCUCCAUGGGAUCAAUGAGUACAAUGUCAGGAGCAAAAGGGAUGGUUUACAUGGAAUACAGCACUGGAAAGGGCAAACUCGCUGGACAGGGCCAGGCUAAAAGUAAGCCCAAAGAUCCAUCCAAACGGCAUCAUUUGUUCAAGAAACGUUAUGGUUAAGAUGACAGGCAAUGGAAUGGAGCAAAAUGGUGGUUCUUUGCCCAUAGACUCUGUCAGAAGAGGCAAUCAAUAUUUUUGAUGCAAUGAGUAGAUCAACUGUCUGGAAAUGCACUAGACAUGCUGGAUGUUAUUUACAACAUUGUUAUUGGGUGGAUUUAGCUCCUAAUAUAUGGAUCUAUUAUUCGUUUACAUGUCAUUAAUUAAUUUGAUAAAUAAAAAGUUAAAAUUUUC